CCCAGCUGUUCGCCUGGGGUGCAAACAGCUAUGGACAACUUGGUCUUGGUCAUAAAGAGGAUGUGCUGGUUCCUCAGGCCUUGAAAGGUGUUUCCUGCAAAUGUCAAGACGUUGUAAGCAUUGCUGGAGGAGGGGGACAUUCUGCAGUUAUCACUGGUACAGGACAACUCUUUGUAUGUGGCCACAACAAAAAUGGGCAGUUGGGAUUGAAUCACACAGAGGAUGUACUCUGUUUUACUUUGUGCACUGCCCUGUCUGGCUUUUGUGUGAAACAAGUUGCAUGUGGCUGGGAUUUUACAAUCAUAUUAGUAGGAUCUGGCCUCGUGCUGUCCUGUGGGUCAAACUCCUUUGGACAACUGGGACUUCCUCAAAUUUCAGGCCCAUGCUUGAUUCCACAAAAGAUUGAGUCUCUCAAAGAGAAGGUGGUGCAUAUUGCUGCAGGACUGAGACACGCCCUUGCUGCUACAGACAGUGGUUUGGUGCUGCAGUGGGGAACUGGGAUGGCAUCUCAGGCAAAGCGUGCAAGCCAAGGAAAAGCCCUCCCUCUGUUCUUGACAGCAAAGGAGCCCUGUGAAGUGGCAGGCCUGGAAGAUGUAAAUGUGAAGGAAGUUGCUGCAGGCUCCUAUCAUUCCGUGUCCCUCACAGGAAUGCCUUGUACUGUGGUGCAGUUUUCUCUGCCUCUGUUCCAUGAGUCACCUGCUGAUGGGAUAUCAAAUACCUACAGCCAGGCAGAUGAAGGACACCUGUUUGUCUGGGGCAGCAACAAACAUGGGCAGCUGGUGAGCGGAGACAUUUUUCUUGCUGAGCCCAAGAAGAUAGACACCCAGUGUUUCUCACAUGAAAAGAUUGGAGCAGUCUGGAGCGGCUGGACCCACCUGGUGGCACAGACAGAAGCUGGCAAGGUGUUCACCUGGGGCAGAGUGCACUAUGGGCAGCUUGGAAGGCACGUGGUGGUUCCGGAUGGGCAGCAGAGCACAGCAGCUGAAGAGUGCUUCUUGGAGCUGUUGUGUAACACCCCUGUUUCAGUUCCUUGCCUAAAUGGAGCAUCUCAGAUCGCAUGUGGCUCAGAGCAUAAUCUGGCAAUAGUUGGAAGGACUCAUUUCCUGGACAGCUUGCAAACAGUAUGGUCUGCAAACACUCCUCUCUUCAAGGAUCUUAAGGCUUUUAGCUGCAUGGAGAAGCAGCAUUUCAGGAAGCACAUAAUGCCACCGUCUGCAGCUAAGGAUGCUGUUCCAGGGAACGGUGCAUCUCCUGGAAGGAGAAUGCUCAGCAGAACCUCAGUGGCCUUGCUGGCCCUUCCAGCCAGAGGGCAGCAGUCUCUGGAUGGACUCUGGGUCCAUAAGGGCAGUGGAGUUGGAUAUAGCUAUUAGCAAUUAAUUUUAUUCUCAAGUAUUCUCCUUAAAGUGAGAAAAUAAGAGAGAGUGUAGGGAAAUUCUCAUGAUCUUCCUUUUCUUUCUUAGCCCCCACCUUCAGGUUUUGUGUCUGCAAGUAGAAGGCAGAGCUGUUAAAGACCACAGAGUGAAGACUUUGUUAUCUCAUCUCCCCCCUUCAGUUUUGGCUCAAUACUGACCCCUCAUCCUGUAAUUGUGCAGCAGAUGGGGUGGGUGAAUCCCCAAGUCAGCUCUGUGGCAGAAAACACUGCUGUGAUAUUUUGACAAAUCUGUUCUUGCUUGUGGGCUCUGACACUCUCAAUAUUACUUCGUGUGUUUCUGUGAGAAUUCUCUGACUAUGUAAUACAAAAAAGAGGUCUUGUGAGGAAAGAAGGUGAAUGAGGUAACUUAACCCUCCUGUAAACACAUGGGUGUGAUGAGCAGGAGCCUGGCUAGGAAGCAAUUUUCCUGCUAUGUGGCUUUGUCCCAUUCAAUAGCAUCAAGCUGUAAUUAUUGGUCUCUUACAUAGUUUAUUUUUUCUCUACUUUUACAAUACUGAUAUGUAUCUGUAAUGUCAAACUCUAACUUACACCUGCUGUCCAAAAUGGGAAUGACAGCUCAUGCUUCUCUGUCAGUCACUCUGUGGAGACUAACUAUAGUGAGAGCUGUCUAUGAAAUAUAUAUUGCUGUAUAUCUGAUGUCUGUGGAUAGUUUAUUAUGCAUAAGAAUAAACUCUGUAGUGGAAAG